AUGUCGGACAAAUAUAUCAAAUGGGAUGCCCCAGGCGUGGAAGUUGUCCAGCCCGGCGAGAAGGAGAAGAUUCAGGAAGUAUCGAAUCAGUUCCAGCGCAUGCAGAUGAUGAAUUUCAACGAACACCAUCACUGUCUGCGCGGAACACAUUUGAAGACACAGGGUUGCGUCAUGGGCAAAUUCUACGUCAACGACAACCUCCCAGCCCACCUCGCACAAGGCAUGUUCGCCAAGCCAGGCGCCUACGACGUAAUCAUGCGCUACUCCUCGCUCACGCCCAAGCUGGUACCCGACAACAUCCCCGCGCCGCGCGGCAUCGGCAUGAAGAUCUUCGGCGUCGAAGGCGAGAAGAUCUGGGGCGAGGACAAGCACACGCAGGACUGGACCAUGAACAACUACCCCGUGUUGGAGCUGCGCGACCCAAAGACGACAAACGAGAUUGCGGACAGCUUGGAGCGCAACUGGGACGACCUGCCUACAUUUGCAAAGGAGUGUGCGGCGAGGCCGGAUGCAGAGUUGGCGUGUUUGCCGGCGAGAUUGCCGAGGCAGCAUAUGUUUGCCAUGCCCGAGUACUCGCAGUCUGCAUACCGCUUUGGCGACUACGUUGCUAAAUUUGGCGUCUUUCCACUCGGCGAAGAGCAGAAGAAGUGGGAAGACAAGCUCAUUGGAGAGAACGAGCCGAUCAACAUCAUCUCUCAGGGCCUGCGCGACUUCCACAUGAAGCACAAAGUCACGUAUUCUUUCUGCGCGCAGCUGCUACAGAACCUCGACGAUCAGCCUGUCGACGACAUUGGCAUCGAAUGGGACGCCAACAAGUACCCCUUUGAGCAACUUGGCUAUCUCGAGUUUGAGCCGCAGGAUAGCUGGCUGCCGGAGUUUCGGGUUUGGUGGGAUGACCGGAUCACAGUCAAUAGCUGGCACGGCUUGAAGGUGCACCAGCCGCUGGGCGGCACCAAUCGCAUGCGUCGCGUCGUGUAUGCGGAGAGUAGGAAGUUGAGGUUGAGAGUGAAUGGGCAUAAGGACUAUAUCGAGCCAGCCAGUGUAAACGAGGUUCCUGCACCUGUAGCGCCGCCUCAGGUACCGGCGAGACAGAGUGCAAUCUCUACCGUGGAAGCGGCAGCAUAA